AGAUAGAGUUCCACAUUGCUCACAUUGAUCGAGCCUCCUGAAAGCCAACGCUAAUAGGUGCUGAGCUGAUUAUAUUAGGAUAAGACACAGCAACAGGUGCUAGUCUGAGGGUUUUUACACGAUGCUUGACGCAUUUCAUGUUCUAUUUUCUCAUCCUCGAAACCUCUCGCCUUAUUAUUGAAGUUUUCCUGGAAACUAGGAGCCUUUUCAGCUUAUCCGUUUUUUUUCCGGCAAGUUGCACUGUUAAAUUAAACAAAGAACAAAGAAAAAGGAUAUACCACUUUUUUUGACCCACAGAGCAAAGAUAAACUAAUCAGCGCGAAAUCUGCGAAGACUGGAACUCCUGAGGAAUCAGCUGCAACUAGUUUUGUCACUAGGAAAACAAAGUCACGUGAUCCAAAGGAUACCAACGCACCUGUCACCUGACUUAUAUUGAAUGGACAGGAUGUGGAGUGGACGAAUCAUACAUUACCUACUUGUUGCUCUGAUGUGUGAGAGUACACCACGCACAGUCGCCAUUACAGAUAUCCGUCUCGUAGAUGGCGCUUCUCCGAACGAGGGUCGGUUAGAGAUCGAUGACCCCGCCCAAGGGUGGGGCACUGUCUGUAGUACCGGAUGGGGGGUCAGUGAGACGGAAAUAAUCUGUCGUGAGCUCGGCUUUCCUGGGGCUAACGCAUUCGUCUUCACCAACUCUCCGUUUGGCCAAAGCAACUUGCCUAUUCUUAUCAAUAAUGUUGAUUGUUACGGGAAUGAAAGCUCCCUAAAUGACUGCUAUUUUGACGAGAUACUCACUAGAUGCACCCAUCAAAGUGAUGUGGGAAUUAUUUGCCAUAAGCCUGGUUACAUCGGCUGUUUCGGGGACUCUUUUGAACGAAUCUUCCAGGGUGCUUCCUUGAUCGAUACGGUGGGCAUGACCAUAGAUGUUUGUCUCGAAUUCUGCAGAAAUCAGAGUUUCAAAUACGCUGGUUUAGAAUACGCAAGUGAAUGUUACUGCGCAGACGCGGAUACGCAGUACGACGUACACGGAACGUACGACGACUCGGAGUGUCAGUACAUUUGCAUGGGCAACACGCUCGAGAGAUGUGGCGGUCUCGGCCGAAUUUCGGUCUUCGAUACUACGGUCGGAUUUUGUGAAGAUCCCGGGGAACCAGAGUAUGGAACGCGACAGGGGGACUGGUUCCGUUAUGGAGCUUCGGUGACAUUUGACUGCGCGGAGGGAUACACUUUAAUUGGGAACCGAACAAUCCAGUGUCUUACAGCAAACGGUUCACCAGCCGUUGACUGGGAUGCUGAUACUCCCAUGUGUGUAGGUCCAACCGAUAUUCCAACCACAAAUGCCCCCUCAACGGCACAGCCCACAACCGAGUCCACAACAGGUUUCUUUACAACGACAAUUACAGAUCCAUCGACAACGUUGGAAGCUACGACAGAUAUCACUACGUCUGGGACUAGUACAGCAGAAUCGACAAUAUUCAUUACAACGCCUGAUACAACGACAACAGCUGUGACGACAGAAAAGAGCACGCAAUUCACAACCGAAGGAAUAACAUCGACCGUUACAACAACAACAUUUAUUCCAACAACAGGAACGACAGCGAUAGAAACGACCACAGAGUUUAAAUCAACUGAGACCAGUACCACCGUGCCUACGACAUCGCAAAACCUGAUAAUAACCACAACGGAUAGUGAAAGCACAGUAACUCUUAAUAUUGAUACAACAACUGACGUUACUGCCACAGAUAUAGGUACCACAGCUUCACACACGUCGCCUGACGUUACAACAACAUUUCAAACAACGACUGGGGAUUCAAUAACUACAGAAACACCGCCAACAACGACAGAAAUUGCAGAGGAAACCACGAUUGACGACAAAACUGACCCAGCGAUAACUGAAUCGACGGGUGGUACUGAUUCCCAAGAGGGUAGCACCAGAGCCACACCACCAGGUUCAUCUACCACGGAAGGUCUUAUCCCUAACGUUGGGUCUCAGGAGGGCAAAUGGCCUUGGCCACCAGUUGCCAUAGGUCUUCUCCUUGGUGGGAUAAUACUCGGUCUCCUUCUCAUUCUCCUCGUCAUAUGCCUAGUCGUUACCAGCCCAAGAGCAAGGGUAAAGAAAGGGGAAGAGGAUGCAGUACGCCUGCAAAACGCCCGUCACUCCCCUGUUCGCAACAGUUACUCACCCGACAUCAUCCUAGAUCGUGACGGUCGUCAGACUUAUCGGAGGACCGGGAGUCAGCUGGCCGAGGAUUCAGAGACGUAUGACAACGGCGCGUUCCUAGCAGACGACGCUUCUGUUAUAGGGGUGUACGGCGAACGACAGAGGGCGGUCGAAAACCCGUACGCGACUUUUCAGUCAGACGACACGUCCAAGAAAAUCCUCUUCGCUGAAACCGCGCGAAAAUUAAAUCAGAUCUACGUACCGGGUAGUCCCAACGAGUCAACGUUGAGUAGAGGAACAAGAAGAAGUGGUAGUGACCACUACGGUGCUCAGCUGGUUGUGUAGUUCUCUAGUGAUUCUUCCUUUUAUAAUCUUUAUUUAAAGAAAAUUUUGUUACGAUCGCACUUCUAUUUUGUAUUUUAAGAUUAUUUUUCAAUAGAGAGUGUUGUCAAAUUGUAUGUGAGAGCUGGAGUGUUAUGUGUUUAAUAUGCAUUCGUUAUGAUAGAGUCGCAUCAACGAGCCCGACUUCAGACUUGUCGAUGAAUGGCAUUUGAAAUAAUGUAAUAGAUUUGACCCAGAGGGGGGGGGAGGCACUUCCAUUGACGAGUGGAUACCAUGCGCGACCAUGGGGUCUCGAAAA